AUCGAGUUCAAAGACAGCGGUUUUUAAGAAGACGACUUCUUAAACAUACAGACUACCUGUCUUUGCUUGGAAACUCAAGAUUAUCUCUUUGUCCGAAAGAAGAAAGAGGCAUGGAGAAGACUGAUGCAUCAUCUGCUGCUGCUGCUGUUGCUGAUGCUAAGAUAUCAUCAAUCUUUAUCUAUCCCGUAAAAUCAUGCCGUGGAAUUUCUGUUCCACAUGCACCCCUCACUCCUACUGGGUUUCGAUGGGAUCGGCAAUGGCUUGUUGUGAAUCAGAGAGGCAGGGCAUAUACUCAAAGGGUUGAACCAAAGCUUGCUCUAGUUGAGGUGAACCUGCCAGCUGAGGCCUUUUCAGAGGGCUGGGAACCUACCAAGACCUCCUAUUUGGAAAUAAAAGCACCCGGAAUGGAUUUACUCAAGAUUUCUCUUUGCAAACCACCAAAAGUGUCUGAUGGUGUUUCAGUUUGGGAGUGGUCCGGCUCUGCAUUAGAUGAGGGUGAUGAGGCUUCAAAAUGGUUUACAAAUUAUCUCGGGAAACCCAGUAGGAUGGUUCGUUUUAAUGCAGCAUCAGAAACUAGGCCUGUGGAUCCUGUGUAUGCUCAAGGGUAUUCCAUAAUGUUUUCUGACAUGUUCCCUUUCAUGUUAGCAUCUCAGGGAUCUUUGGACGAACUGAACAAGCUUCUGAAGGAGCCUGUACCCAUGAACCGUUUCAGACCCAACAUCCUUGUUGACGGCUGUGAACCGUUCUCUGAAGACCUAUGGACUGAGAUUAAAAUAAGCCAAUUUUCAUUUCAAGGUGUGAGACUAUGCUCCCGCUGUAAGGUGCCUACAAUCAAUCAAGAAACCGCAAUUGCUGGUCCAGAGCCGAAUGAAACUCUUAUGAAAUACAGGUCGGAUAAGGUCUUGCGACCGGACAAGAAACAACAAGGAAAGAUCUAUUUUGGGCAGAACAUGGUUUGCAAGGAAAGUUUGACUGAAGGGAAGGCAAAGCUGGUUAAAGUGGGAGAUCCUAUAUUUGUCCUCCAGAAAGUCUCCACUGCUGCUGAAGCAGUUGCUUGAAUGCUUUUAACAGUAUUCAAAUAAAUAAGAGCCAUAACUCCUUAUCUGAGACUUUAAAUCAAGUUUUUGAAUAUGGCCGUAAAUAAAUUGAGUUUGAACAAAUUUUAUUUUCAAGUUUGGCUUUCUAGUUUGAACUAAUAAGCUUUUAUUCCA